AUGCCUUCCACAGUACAGACACCCGGCAACCAAAAGUCCACGCCCAAGGCCAACCCAAACCUCCAUUUUGUGAAGACUUUCAACGGAAAACUGGAAGUAGCCCCGGACAAUGUCUGCAUCGCCACCUGCACCGCCCACCUCGUCGACCGCGGCGACAACCCUUCCCGCUUCCGCAACCGAAUGAUGGCCGCCUCCGACGAGACGGGUGAGCUAGCUGAAGAAAUCUUCACUCCGAACGGCCGCCUGCUCCCCGAGCAUCGCGGGCCCCAACCCACCCUGAACGGAGUCAUGGACUGGAGCGAAGCCUUCGACAUCGACAACGUCCUCACGUUCACCCACAUCAAGAUCGCCAAGGCCUAUCGACGCAAGGGCCUGGGCAGGGACCUAGUCGAGGGGAUCCUCCACGAGGCGACGAGCGGAGGGAAGCGCCUCUCGGCCUUUGUGGCGCCCGGCGCCCUGGAGAGCGAGUACAAGCACUUGGAGGGCGAGGAGAGAGAGAGGGUCAUCAAGGAGCAGGUUGACAUCUGCGUUCAAUUUUGGUACAGUCUCGGUUUCCGAAGGGUCAAGAGGACCAACUGGCUGGCCCUCAAGGUCCAGCCUGAUGCCAGGGCUGCUUAA